GCGUUCAAUACCCGGAAAACACCGGCGAACGUGAAAAGGGGCUGAAAAAGAAGUAUUCCCCACUUUUGUUUUUGUUUCGAAAGUUUUUUUUAAAUAGGGUGGCGUGCUAUUUUCAAUAAAGGGCAUUCUCUAACAUGAUACAAGCUUUGAAAGGCGUCAGACACAUGGCAUCCAGUUCAGUGAAACAAGCAGUUUCAGAGCUCUCUAUCCCGGUUCCGUGGGGCGAGAUCAGAGGUAAGGUCUGGGGUCCAGAUCAUGGCCAUCCGGUUCUGUGCCUGCACGGCUGGGCGGACAACUGCGGCACAUUCAACACCCUCCUUCCACUUCUACCAAAAGAGUGUAGAUACGUGGCGUUUGACCUGGCGGGUCACGGCCUCUCCUCCCAUCGGCCCGCUGGGGUUCUGUACGCUUUCCCUUCAUACGUGAUGGACGUACGCAGGGUCAUUGACGCUCUGCAGUGGAGCAAAUUCACCAUCAUAGGCCACAGCAUGGGCGGUAACAUAGGCGGCAUGUUCAGCGCUUUGUAUCCUGAGAUGGUGGAGUCCCUCAUCCUGCUCGACUCCUAUGGAUUUUUACCCACUGAUGUGAAAGAAAUGCCCAAAGUGUUGAGGCAGGGUUUGGACGAGAUGCUCCAUUACGAAAAGAAAAUGGAAGACAAGAGGAAAGUUUACACUUACGAGACGGCAGUGGAGAGGCUUCUGUCUGGAAACCGAAGUCUGUCUGUACAGUCGGCAAAAAUCCUCCUGGAGCGAGGUUUGGUGCAAGUGGAGGGAGGGGUGGUGUUCUCUCGAGACUUUCGCAUUAAUCUGAAAAAUAUAGCCCGCAUCAGUUUGGACCAGAGUCUGGAGUUGCAGUCGAAGAUAGCAGCCUCUGUUAUGGUUGUUCUAGCUGGAAGCGGCAUGGAGAAAAUGUUCGCUGAGCCGGAGCAGAAGAAAUUUACAGGAGCGCUUCUUCAGGGCUACAGGGACAGAAAUCACACGGUGGUGACGGUGCCGGGCGAUCACCACGUCCACCUGAACAAUCCCGAAGUGGUCGCUCCUCUGGUUUCAAACUUCCUGCAGGACAAAGUGCUCCCAAACUCAUCAUCAUCAGUGGACUUUCAGGCCCCUAAGUUAUAAUAAACACAAACGAGUUUAAGUUUUUAUACAUAAUCAAUGUCACACUGCUAUUUUUAGUAACUUUAAUUAAAAGUUUGAGCUCUUGCAUUAACCCUAUUACCACCCAUUCGGUGCUUGAAAGUGAGUUAACAUGCAAAUGUCUUUUAAGUUACUAUAGGUUCAGUGCUGGAUGAUAACUAAUGCAUACUGCUACUGUUUAAUUGAGGAACAGUUGCACUGUAUGCCUUUCUUUAACUUCAAGUGGUUUAUAAAUUAUUAAAUGGAGAAUGUUGGGUGAGAAGAUUUUUGCUGAAAAUGCUGUGUCUCAAGAGAGAGCUUUGGAAAAGUACAGACCUUACUGUGCCGUUAUAAUUUGGGUGAGUCAUUAAUCAUUUUCUGCUCUGUAUCAUGAGACAAGGACUUGAAUAAAAACAGAAUACCAAAUAUGUUGCUCAUGUAGAAAGUAAGGACAGUUUUCAAAGCAUUUCUUUCAUAACCCAAACUAAUAAUAAAAACAGAAAAGUAACAGUUACAAACAAGUUUUUUUUGCAUGAUGAAUUGUGACGAUGUAUGAUAUCAUCAUAAUUUAAUGUACAUUCUAAUGGGUAUUUAAAAAUCUAUUUUCAUGGUUCAUCUAUUUCAUGUUUCACUGUAUUUGAGGCUUUUGAGAUUAUUCAGUUCGUCAAUUCUUUAUGUUGACUUAUCUGUGUUGGUAAACCUGUGUGAAGAACAAGUCUUCUGGAAUAAACUUGAUACGAUAAACGGAUAACACCAGCAGGUUGUGAAAAGAAAACCUCUUUUUUUCCAAAGUAGUUGCU